GCAGAUCCGGAACUUGAGUUUUUCAGCGCUUGUGGGCGUGGAAGGCCGCAGCUGUACCUCAGUGCUUGUGGGCUUGGCAGGCUGCAGUGGAAUUUCAGUGCGUGUGGGCUUGGGACGCCUCAGUGGAAUCUCGCGUGUGGGCUUGGAAGGCCUCAGUGGUACAUCAGUGCAUGUGGGCCUGGAGAGCCGCAGUGGUUACAAUAUUGUGGGUUUCUUGGCUGGUGGCGACUGGCAAGGGACCUGGCUGGAGAGUAUUUACCCUUUGGCCGAGCAAGUGGAGCAAUGGCACAGGGAUCUCAAGAUGGAGCCCAAGGAGCUGGAGGUUUUGACUGCUACCCAACGGGCGGCCGAAGCUGCAGAGAAGCAGGCGACGGCCAACAAGGCAGAGGGCAUCACCAAGGCCUUGAAGCUCGAGGCUUGGAAGCCUAGCUCGCGAGAAGAUGAAUUGAAGACGUGGCGUGAAUGGAGCUUUCAGCUGAGCACGUGGCUGAUUGCUCACGACGAGGAGUAUGAAGCCGACCUGGAGGCCAUUGAUGUGGAUGUGGCCGUGGACCACGCUUUGCUGGAUGGGCCGGCUGUGGCGAGGUCACAGAAGCUUUUCGGUGUGCGUUGCAAUGUGCUGCGAAACAGGCCCUUGCUUAUUGUCCGGGCCCAGGAGAAGGAGAAAAACGGCUUUGAGUGCAUUCGUUUGCUGCGCCGGGAGAUGGAGCCGAAGGAGCGAUCGCGCUCUUUGGCAAUUGUCCGCCAGUUGGCGGCAUGGACCUUCAAGGAGGGAAACCUCCACGAGCAAAUCAUAGCCUAUGAGGACGCGGUCAAGGGCUAUGAGAGCUCCUCGGGCAAGUCGUACCCGGAGGACCUCCAGAUCGCGACGAUCACAAGCGGUCUCAAGGAGCCUCUUCGAAGCCAGGUGCAGCUGCGGAUGACAAGCAGCACGCGUUACUCUGACCUGAGGGAAUGGGUGCUGCACUACGAGGCCAUUAAUACCCCUUGGUCCUCCUCGUUGCCUACCCGACCUGGCGGCAGGGCCCAGGACCACGGGCCGGCACCCAUGGAUAUCGACCGCAUCAAGGGCAACAAGGGCAAGGACCCCAAAGGCAAGGGGAAGGGCGACAAGGGCAAGAAGGGCAAGGGCAAAGACGGCAAGCAAGACAGCGGCAAAGGCAAGUGGAACAGCCAGGCCGACCAGUGGAAGUGGAACGGCCAGGCCGACCAAUGGAAGUGGAACAGCCAAGGUGACCAGUGGAAGUGGAGCAGCUGGAAGCAGAAGGACCACGGCAACCAGCCGAAAGGGGGAAAGGGCGGCAAAGGUGGAGGAAAGGGAAAGCCUGGAACAUGCCACCUGUGCGGCCAGACUGGGCAUUGGAAGAACGAGUGCCCAAACAAAGGUGGCAAAGGAGUUCGGCAAGUGGAGGAGGCCAGCAACCUUGGAGGCAGCUGGAACUCCAACCAGAGCAGCGCCUCAACGAGCGCGAGUGCUGUCCGGACCCCCUCGACGGUGAACCAGGUCUCCGCAGUCAGGUUUGAGGACCUAGGCACCCGGCUAGGGACACCACCCAGCGGCUACGACACGGUGACGGAGCUUGACAGCGACCCGGGCGACUUCAGCCUGGAAGGCCUCAACAUUAUGAUGGUGAAGGUGGCCCAGGGCCCAGAGUGGUACUCCCUGGACAGCUCAGAUGGAGACGACGAGUGGACAUACAGCCCAGAGGCGGCCCGCGCGGAUGCAGCUCAGACCGCCAUUGUGGUGGACAGUGGUGCCGACAUCUCGGACGCCCAAGGAAAGCAGAUCGUUGAGGACUGCACCCGGGCGCUCACCAUUACGACCCGGGACAAUGGCGGCAAUGAGGUGGUGAUCCGGGAGAAGUUUGCGAUUGCGGCCGUGAACUCGGUGAUCCUCUCCCUGGGCCGUCUCCUUCGCAGUGGCUGGGUUCUUGGGCACGGGCCAGAGGGUCCUACCAUUGCCCGUGGUGGAAAUCAGGUGCCUAUUUGGCUGAAGCGCAACACCCUCAUGCUCACGGCGGUGGUGUCGACGAUCCUGGCUUGUGACGCCGGUGCUCUUCCCCCUGAGGCUGAAGAUGCAGUGCAGCAGCCCGGCUGGGCAAUCUUGCCAUCAGGGCUUCCUCUCCUGACUAUCCACAACACCAAGAACGUCAGCCUGGAGACCUCUCUUUGGGAGGCCGACGAUUGGCACACGCUGCUUUUCCCGAGUGGCGGGAAAACUCUGGCCGAGAUUGAGCCCGAGCUUGUUGACUCCCACGACGUGGCGGUGCUCUUCCAUGUGGAGGAGCUCGGGGAGAAUUUGCUCAGCAACCCGGGCGCUUUGUUCAAGGAGCCGCCCGCCGACGAGCCGAUGGUAGCCCCAGCAGACCAGCAGCAGGAUGAGGACGAGGGGCGCGGAGUUUGGGCCGAAAGGGACGUUGCAGGCCAAGGGCCGGAGGAGGACGAGCGCGACAAUAUGAUUGAUGAUGUGGAGCUGUCCCUUGAGACCCCUCUCCAUGUGCUCAAGGAGUUGUGUCGCAGAUUGGGUGUGGCAACCAGCGGCUCCAAAGCAAAAGUGCUCCGACGCCUGCGCACCCAGAAGGAGCUUCUUGCAAAGCAGCUGGCCACCGAGGUUGCAAAGAAGAUGUUCGACGAGGCGGAGCGCAGUCCGGACAUCCCGGUGGCACCCGUGCUGCCGAGCGCUAGGCAGCAAGCACUGCAUGCAGUGACGCGCCAGCCGUUUGCAUCUUGGUGCCCGGCUUGUGUCCUUGGGCGCAGCCGCCAGAGCCCUCACAAGGACAAGCCGCCACCCAAGGAAAGCCCGGAGGUGAAGGAGGCAGAGCGCCGACCUGUCUUCCAGAUAGAUUACUUUUACACCUUGACCAAAGAGCGCGGGGAGGAAGAGCAGCAGCCUGGAGGUGGAGAAGAAGCAGAGGAGACCGAGCCAGCCAGCAAGGAGGAGCAAGCAGCAGAGGCCGAGAAGCCCGACUACCGCGACCAGUUUGGGCUGAACUUGGUGGCUGGAGAGUCCACCUCUGGGUGGAUAACGGUGGUGCCUGUGCUGGCCAAGGGCAGCACGACCCUGAAGAGAGUUGCGGAGACAUUGGUCAGAACAACAAUGCAGAUUGCAGGUGCUGAAGAUGUGGUGCUCCAGUCCGACGCCGAGCCCGCAGCCAAACAAGUGGUGCACGCAGUGCAGGACCGAGCGAAGAUCAAGCUGAGCGGCCAGAUGCCUCUCUUUAGCUGGAUCAUGGCCCACGCGGCCUUCCUGCACAGCCGCUUCUUCACCACAUGCAAGGGCCUUCCUCCGUACGAGGUGGUCCAUGGCCGGCGUUACCGCGGACAGCUUGUGCAGUUUGGUGAGUGCUGUAUUGGGUUUUGCCCCACCAAGUACAAAGGAGACUUGCAAUGGAGGAAAGGAGUGUGGGCCGGGAUCAAUGAGAAGAAUGGCAGCCACAUUCUUUUGAGUGACACCGGCGCCUUCGAGACGCGAUCCCUUCGUCGGCUACCGGAAGAAGGCCAAUGGGUGGCUGAACAAAUCGUCACCGCGAAGGGGCUCCCAUGGGACUACGGUGGCAGCACAAG